CAGAGGCGGAAGAUUUAAUUAGAAUCCCGAACCCCAGAGUGCCACUCUUUCCCCCCCACGGCCAGGACGAGAUCAACCCGAGAGACCGCUCGACCUAUUUUUCAUCAUGGCUGAAGCUGAUUCCUUCCUUCACCUCGCUCGCCCUCUGGGCCCCGUGGCAGUGGGGACUGCACCGACAACCGCCCCUCUGAACGUUGUUAUCCAACCUCAGGCGCUCUUCUCGAUCCUGGACCACUCCCUCCGUCGCAACGCUGACCAGGAGCGUGUCAUCGGUACUCUGCUGGGAACCAGAUCCGAGGAUGGAACCGAGGUGGAAAUCCGCAGCACUUUCGCUGUUGGACACACGGAGACGACAGACCAGGUUGAGGUGGACAUGGAAUACCAGAAGCAGAUGCUUGCGUUGCACCUGAAGGCCAACCCCAAGGAAGUGCUCGUGGGUUGGUACGCCACCUCGUCCGAGCUGAACACCUUUUCCGCUUUGAUCCAGAACUUCUACAGCGGCCAGGGUGAUGGCACAUGGCCUCACCCUGCCGUCCACUUGACCGUGUCCACCGAGGCUGGCAAGGAUAUCGAGACCCGCGCCUACAUCUCCGCCCCCGUUGGUGUGACCGCGGAGAGAGCCGCCGACAGCGCCGCCUUCAUCCCCGUCCCUUACGAGAUCCGCUACGGCGAGGCCGAGAAGAGUGGUCUGGAGGCUAUUGCUGCGGCCCGUGAUGCCGAGGAGCGCCGUGCCAACAUCUUCACUGAUAUUGAGGCUCUGGAGCGUGCGAUUGAGGAUGUUCUGGGCAUGAUCGACCGGGUUUCCCGCUACGUUGAGUCUGUCAUUGACGAGGAGGCUCCUGCUUCGACGGCCUUGGGCCAGUACCUGCUCAACACCUUGGCUCUGGCGCCUAAGGUUGAGCCUGCUGACAUUGAGCGUGACUUCAACAACCACAUCCAGGACGUCCUGGUCGUGUCCUACCUGGCCAACACCAUCCGUACACAGAUGGAGCUGUCCAACCGGCUAGCAACCGCCCAGCUGACUCUGGGAGGCGAGUCCGGCAGCGGCGAGUCGGGCGACAAGCGCGGCGGCCAACGGGGCGGCAAAGGAGGCCGGGGCGGGCAACAGCGGACUCAAGAACGGAGCGGAGAGGAGGCUCGCGCGUAAGAGGAUAUCAUAGGGUUAUUAUAACGAUACCUUUCCAUUUCUCUUUUUAACAUUUAUUUCAUUUGUGCAAAAAUUCUUUUCUUCUUUCAAUUUCUCUCGCCACGCAACAAAAAGCAUGUCCCCUUGAUAUCUUUCUAUUUCCUGGAUAUAUGAUAUGUUUCCAGUCCAUAUCCGUUCCUGUGCCAGCCAAGGAGACCUCGUGUGCGGGUUGAAGCCUGGUUCCGCAUCUGGCAUGGCAGGCAUCACAUCCAACCAAUACGCACCCUAUCAAUGAUCACCUGUCUUUCUCAGGAAAGAAACUGCGCAUAAUAUUGGACGGAUAGGAUCAUACGAAGAACGAACCAAUAAAGCCCAAAAAUUGAAAGGAGGAAAAGAAAUAAGAUGAAAGAAUGAAAGAAAAGAGCAACGAACGGCGUAUGGGAGUCCGUCUGUCUGGCUUGAAAUGGACAAAAAGAAUGGGAAAAAGAGAGCAGAAGAGAUGCUUUAACGUACACGCGAUCAGCCUAGAACCAGAAGCUUGCAUUUCGUUAUCGUCCUGUUCUCUUGUAUGUGAUGUAGGGUAGGGUGACAGUGUCAUGGUGGGUUUUGGUACAUAUGCAAUGCCUUUGGGGCUAGUUGACUUUCAUGUCUAUCUAUUCUGUUGACAGACGUUGCAAUAGAGUACGAACUAGGGUAGAUCAUGUCUUAUCGAUGGAACUUUACCUUUUCCAGUAG